CCCUGAAGGUCGUUGCAUUACGAGCAACAGUCUAUCGCGCGAUUCGACUAUAGAACCAUCAUCGACUAUCAUGGCUCCCGCAGCAAUUUACCCAGACUACCAGGACGUCACUCUAACACACACAGCUCUUCCUACUCAGACUACAGCUCGGGAAGGCACAAGUAGCCUAGGUGCGAGAACGAGAACUCAAACAGAGACAAGGAUGAUUACGUUGACCAUUUUGGAGGAUGCGCCGAGCGCAACUCUUCAGUCAGUAGCGUCGUUUGACUGGCCAUCAACCACUCUCGAAGAGAAGAUACCUUACAUCCAUGGGAUAAUACCGGGCGCGCUGCGUGCCCAAAAUUUACGCUGGCAUUCACAGCCACUUCACCAUCAAUUGGCCCAUCCACCCUCACCACAGCCCCCACCACCCGAAUGCGAGCCUUUCCCGACAACGAUAACUACAGCAGCAACGGCAACACUUGGGAAGGCUUCAGUGCACUCAAAAUCAACGCGACAAUCAAACUACCCUCGCCCAUCGGCCAUCGUUCCACCAGCCGCGUACUCCACACAAUAUCAACAGGAUACAUUACAACAACAGCCGAAUCACCUCCAUCACGCUAAAUCAGGACGGCUCUACCGUGCGGUACAAGGCAUGACGAACUAUGAACUCACCUAUCUUCCCUCAGGACUAAAAGUGCUAUUCGUUGGGGUCCUCGCCGUCGUAGUACUAGCUUCAGCGUGGACGAUCCUCGUGUGGCUUAUCAACUUUCCACCGGGGACGUGGAGUUGUUGGCAGCGAAGGGAUAUACGCGGAGAGAAGAAGCAGAAGAAGAAGCAGAAAGGAAAGGAGAGGAGGCCGACUGAUAAACCGAGCAAGUACGUGCCUCAACCCUCCGUCUUGGACACGCCGAUGGGCUCAACUCUUGAUAGGGCAGUCUCGUCUGCAACGAAAUCGCCAUUUCACUAUUUGCAACACAACUUGCCACUGGAUACUAGGUAUACUGGCGAGCCAGCAGUCGAAUUGACGCAGCGUCCUCAACACCGGAUUUACAACCACCGCCAUCAGCGGACGCAGGACGAGCAACGAAGUCGAGGGAGAAACGAGACGUACACAGAGCAUAGACGCACUUCUUCCUCUCCGUCAGCGGGCCUGCGGUUUAGCAUUGGGCCAUCGCCAAGUCCAACCAAUGCGCAAAUCACCCAGUCGCCGGGAAUCUCGACAGUCGCAAGCCCACCAAACCCCUUCCUGCAUCCUCCAAAUGACCACCUUUCCCCGCGCGUACAUGCACCCGAACCGGUCCUGAACCCGCGCAGCUCCAGCGAGUGGCUGAACGAACGAGCAGCGUUCUUCAACAGCAACAACAAUAACAAUACAUCGGGUGCUGAAUCGCCCGCGCCAUCUUUGCAAGACCAUGGUUCAGCAUCGUCGAGCUAUACAUGGUUGGAUACGGCGGACAUGGAGGCCCUGGAAGCUGGCACGGCGCCUCUAACUGGAGAUGGAAACAGACAAGGUAGGACCGACAGCAGCAGCGAGACGAGUAUGCUCCAUAGAAGCUUGAGCUGGUUAGACCAUGGUCUGGGCAUGAUGGACGGAGCGGUAGAUAAAGUAGUUGAAAGAGUGGCGAAGUGGACGGACGACGAUGGUGGUGACGAGCCGUUGCUUUUGCCAGUUGCUAGCGAGAAGGGAUUCAAGGUGGAAUGAGAGGUGAAAGAGGGCAGAGUAACCUUCUUGUAUCCUCCUUGCUGCAACGAAAAGUUUCCAAUAUGCAAUAGGUAGCUGGACUGUAGGCGGCAGAAUGAGUGGAGAUGAAGAUAUCACAUUUGCUUUUGCCUACUCGAAACGCGGACUAGCUUAGGGAAGAGUGCAAAGCUUGAGGGAAUGUAGAUAUCUAUUAAGGUAGUUUUGACUUACUCCUAUAAACACCUAGAAAAUCGAUCCACCGCUAUGUGUAUCGUGACAUUGCUGCCAUGGCUCGUCUGCUCCACUAGGGUCGUGGAACCCGUAUAGAACCACCCAAUAUACCAUCCU